AUGGCCGACAUCGGAGGAGACAGCGCUUCCAUGAUGAUGGGACCCAUCGAUCCGUCUGCCUUUACCGGCCGCGACGAAGACCUGUUCCUUCCGGGAGAUAGUCUCUUCGGUUUUUCCGCCGCCGCGGGGAUGGAAGGCAACAACGCCCCCGACGUCGGUGGCGGCGACGGGAGCAACCCCUCCUUCCCGGGAGGCUCGGCGGCGUCGCUGCUGUUCCCGCCGAUGGCCUCUUCGCCGUUGCAGGCGUCUUCCGGCUCUUUCCAGCCGUCGGCCUCCCUCCCGCCAGGGCCCGAUUCGGCGGCGGCGGCGGCGGGCGGGGCGGUGGCGGUCCGAGCGGGGAAGGAUCGCGGCAAUUGGAGCGGCGAGGGCGACGCUACGAGUGCCGCCGUACAACCCCCGGCGCGAGCAGUGCUCUCGCUCAAGCAGUCGCUCGAUGCCGCCAUCGUUUCGGCCGCAGCCCGUGACGCGAAGGCAGCGGCAGCGGCAGCGGCGGCGGCGGCGGCGGCGGCAGCCGAGACAGAGAAAGCGUCAACGAAGGCCAAGAGCUCGGUACGGGCUCGUCGUCGUUGCGGCGGCGGCAGGAAAAAAAACAAGAGCAAGGGCAGUACCGGUGUCGGCGGGCGCGUUGUCGAUGCCGGAAAGAAAGCAACGACCACCGCCGCUAAUGGCACCGCGAGUGCGGUCACGCCGCGACGACCAGCAAGAAACCUCAGGAGACCUAGGCAGGAGUCGGCCAAGAGUAACUCGCCGGUGGCGGUGGCCACCGCCCCGGUGUCUCCGUCGGUGUCGGGGGUUAGCUUGCCGGCGGGGAUGGAGCUCAUCCCGGGGUUCGAGGACACCAUCGACUCGCACUUCAUGACGGCGUUGCUGCAGAGGGGGUCCGACACGCAGCCCGGCGUCUCCUCCGCCUCCGCCUCCGCCUUUGCGUCUGCCGAGAGCCAGGUGUUGGCGGCGAACAACGGAGGGGGUGGGGGCCCGGGCGGGGAAGAAGUCGUCGGCUUCGGGAGCGACCCGGGGUUGUCCCUGGGCUUUCCGGACGCGCUGCUCCUGGGAUGCGGCACGCAACCGAGUGAGCUUAACGCCGCCGCUGCCGCGGACGCCAAGGGGACGCCGGAGAAUCAUUCGGAGUCCGCGGCCCCGGUGGCACGGAAGGCUGCGGCGGAUGAUGGGGCCUCGGCGGACGGGGCGGGGGUAUCGAUAACGCGGGGAGCGGGGGGCGGCGCUGCACCGUCGUUGCCACCACCGCCGGGCCAGGCGUCACCACCGCCGUUGCUCCCCACAGGCGAUAUUUUGUCUCCGGCUGCGGCGGCGGUGGCUGCUGCUCCCGCCGGCGCGACGUCGUCGUCGUUACGGUCGUCUCGGCACCCGGCGUACUCUUCGCCGGCAGCGGCAUCGCACCCUUCGUCGGUUUCUUCGUCCGCGGCGCCUGUUGCUGCUGAAUCCGGAGUCGCCGCCGCCGCCGCCGCGGCGGCGGCUUCUCCGGCCGCUGCAUCACCUUGCGGCGAGAGCCCGACUACAAGGGUUGAGCUGGCCACCGCAUCCGACCCCGGCUCGGCGAAGCGUUCCACCAUAAGGAAAACCGACAAGCCGAAGCGCACCGCCACCACCACCACCACCGCCACCACCACGGCAGCAGCAGCAGCGACGGCGGCAGCGGCACCGCGUAGAGCGUCGUCGGGGGCACCGCCCGCGGAAGAAGAGGCGUCGCAACUGGCCGGCGCGAGAGCGGUAGAACCCGCUAGCACAAUGAAGGCGACGAAAACGCUAGCCCGGGAGAAGGCCAUGGAGCCGCAGCAGGAGGGAGCCGGAGCGGUGCCCGCUUCAGCUCUCCCGCGCGCCAGCGGCGGCGCGGCGCGGGGGCGGGUGGGGGCAACGGUCGAUGAAGCGGGGGCCGCCACUCCCACGACCCUCGCGGAACCCGCGUUGCAGACGCCUGCCGUGCGACGCGACGAGGUGACGGACAGGUCCAAACAACCGCAGGCUGCAACGCAGCAGCAGGCGAAACCUGCCCCACAACCGUUGCCCCCCUCGCCGCCGUCGCGGCCGCCGGCGGCGGUGGUCCCCUCGAGUGCGGGGUCGUCGUUCUCCGGGAAUACUGCGGUCGUGACGGAGCGCAUGGGUAUGGGAGGGUUUGUUGGUCAGCCCGCCGGGCCGGCGAGGCCGGCGGCGGUGGCGGCAGAGGCGGUGCGCGGGCGGUCGUCGCCUCGCCAGCUGCCCCGUAAGGUGUCCCUGCGGUUCUCCCCGCGGGAUGAAUCCACGGAGAGCAAGGUGUCGGAGCGCGGAUAUCUCCCUUUCCAGAAGCUCACUGCUCCGCUGUCGAAACCUCUCGAGGCGGUGUUCAAGUUCAUGGUGAAGAAAUGGAGCGAGGUCGCGUACAGCGACCUCAACAGCAUCCGCAUCAUCUUCGAUGCGGAUGCCGGCGACACCGGGGUGCCGGCGUCCUCGGCGGCGGCGAGCACCCCCGCUCUCUCGCAACCGCCGCCGCCGCCGCCGCCCGCUGACCGGACGGUCGUGUGGGGCGCGGAGCUAAGCAAGAGGCCCCUCCUGGACCUCGUCAGCGCUCUGCCUGGCCCCGCGCUCGACCGCGUCUGCGAAGAGCAGGACUUCGGGGGCGACGCGAGCGGCGAAGCGGGCGACGACGAGGCGCGCGGCGACAAGGCCAGCGGUGCGCUGAUGGGAGAGGAGACGUGCAUGGCCCUCUUCGGCGGGAACGGAGUGGAGCUGCUCGUGGACCCGUCGCCACCGGGAGGCACGGGCGGGGCGGUAGCGGGGGUAGACGAGAGAACGGGUGCGAAUGCGGCGAAGCCGGAUGCGGCAGGGCCAGUGCAAUCAUCGCCACCACUUACUGGCGGGACGGCAGCAACCCCAGCGGCGGCGACGAAGCCGGCGGGGGCAACAAGCGUGGGGGUGUUGGAAAAAGUGAAGGAGGGGUCGCCCCUCGCUGAUCUCCCCCUGCCGCGACCGACAAGCACGGCCGUGACGGCGACGGCACGGUCCGCCGGGGCCCCGGCGUCUCCGCCGCCUGCAGACAGUACCCUCAUGGGAGAGGAGACGUGCAUGGCUCUCUUUGGUGGGAGUGGAGUGGAGCUUCUCGUCGACCCGUCGACGUCACCGGCUGAAGUGGGCGAGGCGGCGGCGGCGGCGGCGGCAGAGGUGGAGGGGGAACGGGGGGAGCAGAAGCAUGUAGGUUUGACUUCGGCGUCGUCGGAGACGCCGCCGCAAUUGGGAGGUAGAGGGGCGGGAGAAGACAAGGACUCGGGACGAUCACCCGCUCCGCCCGACCUGCCGCAGACAUCGCUACCACCGGACACGGCGGCGGCGGCGGCGGUGGCGGCGGCGGCAGAAGCAGGCGGAAGGGCGAGCGCACAGCCAGUGUUGCCAGCACGAACUGUUGGUGCUGUUGUUCCAUCGGUGGAGGAUGCUGGGGUGAAGUCAAGCGUGGACGGAAACGUUCCCCCAGACACGAAGCUAGUUCUUCCGUCGCGCUUGGACAGCAGUGCGCCGGCGGUGUGUGCGGGGGGUUCGACGAGGGACGAUCGCGUGGAGCAGCGAACCACCCAGCCGGUAGUCCAACCAAAGAUUGGAGACUCGAAGCCGCUGCCGACCACGCCACCGGGCACCGCUAGUGCCCCAUCGACCGCGCGCGCCGCGGCGGCACCGCCAGCGGCGGAAGAACCGCUGCCACAGACGUCGGCAGCAGCAGCAUCCGCACCCGUUGAGACGGCAGCCCGGUCCCCCAGCUCGUAUCCGCCGCCGGCGACGCGGUCUGUUUUCAAGAUGGGAGGUCUUCCGACACGCGCAAAGUUAGGUCGCCCGCGGUCGCCCGCCGUUCCUGCUGCAGCCACCGCCGCCGCUGCCAGUGCGUCUUCGACGACGCGGGCAGCGGCGGCGGCGGCGGCGGCGGACGAGGGGGCCGCGCGGUCGAGUAGCGCGGGGACGGGCGAGACUCCUGCGGGGCUAGGGAAACGCGUCCCGCCUUCCCCCGAGGUGCCGGGUGCGCCGGCCGCCGCGUUGAAGCCCGGAGAGUCCGGCUCGUCGGCCUGCUUUCGGCGGCAACCUGCCCCAGAUCCAGCAGUAGCGGCGGCAGCGGCGACGACCGCGGACGGCGCCGGUUGCGUCGUUGCUGACAGCGAAGCGGAGGUUUGUUUUUGUCGGGUUGGGGUGUUGCAUGAUCUGGAACCUACCCGAGGAUACGGGGUAGUAUAGGUUGUUUGGAGGCGGGCAGCUUGUUGUCAGAAGCGCAAAGAAAGGUUGACUCAGGACCUUGGUAUAUUAACGAGUGCGCCGGAGCAUGCUAGUCCAUGCACAGCAGAAGGGGGACCGCCCCUCUACCAACAUAUACCGCCAAUGAUACACGAAACCCCCUAGAUCUCCGUAGAUCAGUAUCGAGCGCUGAGUA